CCGCCGCCUCAGUGUCCGUGUCCGUGUGUGCCGCGGGCCGGGAGGGGUGAGGGCGGUGGGCGGCCGCCCUGGGUGCUGUGCCCGGCCCCUCCACCACGUCCCCUCCUGUGGGCUCCUGGAAGGAAGCAGAGAGAAGCGGAGCGGGCGCUGCGGGCCGCGGGCACGCUCUGAUCUCAUUGCCAGGCCUUGCUGGAGAGCCGCCUCCUCGGCUCCCGGCCUGAAUAAUGCCCUCGUGUCCAAGAGAUGGGAUCAGAAUAAUUAAAGAUAAGGCAUUUGAUGUGCUACUCUUGAGAAGCAUAUCAGCUGUUCAUUUCUGGAGGGCUCAAUCAGGCUUGGCUUUGGAUCACAGUCUGACAAGAACUCAGUGCUCAGAUGAAUGAGAAAUAAAGGCUUGAGCUUGAAGAUGGCAUCUUGCCUUUAUGAAUGCCUUUGUGAGGCAGAGCUUGAAAAAUAUUAUCCUCAUUUUGCUGCCUUUGGUCUGCAGAAGAUUGAUGAGCUUGCCAAGAUUUCUAUGAAUGAUUAUACCAAACUGGGGGUCCAUGACAUGAAUGAUCGCAAACGACUCUUUCAGCUCAUUAGAAUAAUCAAAAUUAUGCAAGAAGAGGAAGCUGUAAGAGACUUAAGCAAGCAGGAUUUUCAACCAAGUGGCCUUUUCAUUCAACCUCAGGUGACCAGAACAGGUCCCCGCAGACAGCUGCGUUUUGAGUCCUUCUUCGAGGAGAGCAGUGGCACAGUUAAAGAGUCAGAAUCAGAGACAUAUGGUUCAUCAGAUUUCAAUGCCAAUGAAGAGAAGAACAGUCUUGUGGAUGUGCUCAGACACGUUCAACCACAUGAUUCAGACCUGACCAGAUUAACUAUAAGAGAUGCAAAUACUGCUGGAAUAUACACAAAAACUGAACUGAACUGUGCAGCAGUUUCUGAUGAUAUCGCUCCUCUCCUGGGGGAUUCCGAAACUCCCAUCAUACAGAGAGUGACUCAUAUUUCAGGGUAUAAUUAUGGAUUACCUCAUUCCUGUAUCAGAUCCAGUUCUUCUGAGAAAGAGACUCCAUGGACAGAGAGUGAAAAAAUCAGAGUAUGUGUCCGAAAACGUCCCCUGGGCCAAAGAGAGGAGCGACGUGGAGAGGUUAAUAUCAUCACAGUGAAAGACAAAGAGACCUUGCUUCUUCAUGAGAAGAAGGAAGCAGUUGAUCUCACCCAGUAUAUUUUACAGCAUGUUUUUUACUUUGAUGAAGUCUUUGGGGAGUCAUAUACACAUCUAGAUGUGUAAGAGACAGCUCAUCCUCUGAUUCAGCAUAUUUUUAACGGAGGCAAUGCAACCUGCUUUGCAUAUGGGCAGACGGGUGCUGGCAAGACAUACACAAUGAUAGGUACUCAACGGAACCCAGGACUCUAUGCCUUGGCUGCCAGGGACAUCUUUGGACAUCUGGAAGCAUCACCAUCAAGGAAGGAUCUCCUUGUUUUGAUCAGUUUUUAUGAGAUCUACUGUGGACAGCUUUAUGACCUACUAAAUGGAAGGAAGAGGCUUUUUGCAAGAGAAGACAGCAAGCAUGUUGUUCAAAUAGUUGGACUGCGGGAGGUCCAGGUGGACUCUGUAGACCUACUGUUGGAGGUCAUUUUAAAGGGAGGAAAGGAGCGUAGCACAGGAGCUACCGGAGUCAACUCAGAUUCCUCUCGAUCUCAUGCUAUCAUACAAAUCCAAAUUAAAGACACAGCCAACAGGACAUUUGGGAGGAUAUCAUUCAUUGACUUGGCUGGCAGUGAAAGGGCAGCUGAUGCCAGAGACUCAGAUCGACAAACAAAAAUGGAAGGAGCAGAAAUAAACCAAAGUCUUUUAGCACUAAAGGAAUGCAUUCGUGCCUUGGAUCAGGAGCAUGCACAUACACCUUUCCGACAAAGCAAAUUAACUCAGGUCCUAAAGGAUUCUUUCAUUGGCAAUUCCAAGACCUGUAUGAUAGCCAAUGUAUCACCGAGCCACAUAGCUACAGAGCAUACCCUGAACACUUUGCGAUAUGCUGACAGGGUCAAAGAGUUGAAGAAGGGGAUUAAAUGUUCUACACCUGUCACAAACAGACGUCGGACAGCUGGAAAUGUAUCUCCAAAACGCGUCCAAAACUCUCCCUCAGUGACACCUGGAGAAAAAAGCUCUCCGAAGAAGGUGAAACUAGGCCUCCACCAUCCUUCAGGUGCUGCAAAAACAAAGACAGUCCCUCCAGCACUCCUGCCCCUUAGUAGCCCUUUGACUUCUACACCCAAGGGAGUCAACAAAGGACAUACCUACAAAGGAAAUUCUGGCGCACUGUGGUUCCAUCAAAGUAGUCCAAUUAAGGGAGUCCUACGGGUAGGACAUCACCUGAAGAAGAAAACUGAUGAUCUGUCGUCUUGCUCUGAGAAGAACCACGUUGAGAAGGAUUUUAUCAUCAAAAAUGCUGUCACAGCAGAAACAAAAGAAAGUCUCCAAAGAGACAAAUAUACACAAGACAGAGCACCUGCCCAGUGCCUUAAAGUCCAGACCAUGAAACCUGUGCAGAAACAGUUUGUUUCUAGAGAUGAUUUUUCCCUGGGAGAUGGAAAUCUGCCUUCUGACAGCAGGCAAGAGUGGGGAAACACUUUUGCUAAGCAGUAUGUUGAAGCCUGGACAAAUCUGUCACCAUUUCAGAAAGAAAGGGAGGAGCAUUUACGCCUCUAUCACCAGCAAUUUCAGCAGCCACCUAUUCUAAAGCAAAAACAGAGCUACCAACCUCUUGAGAGGUUUUUGACACAGUACAAGCCACAGGAGAUUCAAGUAAAGCAGGAGCUAAGUCCUACUGCCACUGAAGCACCAAGCAAAGAGGGGAUGCAGCUGGAAGAUCUUGAUGACAGUGAUUUCAGUGAAGAUUCUUUCUCACCUGUCUGCAGUCAAAAGAGUGUAAAAAGAAGAAACAGCAGUAAAUGCAGUCAGCAUUCUUUUUUCCUUCAUCAAAGAGAACAAGGAACUGAGGAAGAGCAAAAAGGCCAAAAGCGACAGGACUUAAUUUUUAAACAUGCAGUACCCACACAAGAACAUGAGAUAGAGGAUGGCUGGGAUGCUAGAGAGGGCAGACCAAAGAUGGAGGAAUCCAUUAAAAACGCAGGUUGCAGCAAAACUCCAUCUGACUGGAGCUAUGACUUAGCUACUGGGUCAUCUUUGAGCACUGCAGAAAAACCUUACUGCUUACAAGACAACCCUGCUUGUAACUGGAAUAACAGCACAGACUUCCUAGCUGAUCAUAACCAGUACAAAUCCAAACACAGAUGCCUGACUUACUCCACUGAAGACACCUUGACUCCAGAAAAGGGUCUUUCAAACCCAUAUGCUUCUCCUAUAUUGAAAUUGGUACCUCCAGAAUCCAAACAGAUUCUCCUCCAGCAGGAGAAAGAGGAAUCUACUUUGGAUGGACAGGAUGUUGUUACGGGAGAUAUUAAGUGGACGAGUCGAAAAAACAAUGUUAACCACUGCAGAUCUUCCAGUUGUUCCUCAGAAUUCAGUUCUGAGCUAAUGGCCCCUCUCGAUCUGUCUCUCCUUGACUAUGAGGAAGGAUCUGACACAGAGAAUGUUUCUUCUAAGCGAGUGAAGUCUCCUCGUGUGAAACAGAUGUUGUGCAGGAAAGUGUGCAGCUCCCAGUUAAGGUUUGAGGAGGAGACCUGGCAAUGCACCAGGAGCAGAGCUCUCACAGACAGCAUGCUGGAACUGAGGGAGCAAGCGCGUCGCGGUGCGAGGCACUGCAUCCUGCAGCAUUCCCCACAAGGGGACAAGUGGCUCUCACCCACCUGCUGUGGUGUCAAGCCGUGCUGCUGCCUUCAGAACUCGUGUUCAUCAAAUCAAGGAGUUCUUCACAGUUUUGUUGUUGAAAAUGACCUGACAGAAACAUCCACAGCUGAAUCCACAGAAGCCAGGGAAGAGAGAGAGGGUGCUUUGUUUCACUGUAGCCAAAAGUGCGAAGAAUACUCGGAUGGCAGGCAGUGUGAUGCUGAUGUUAAUGAGAGCGCUGGUUGUUCAGGAAAAGCUCUCCCAAGUCAAACACCAAAUGUUAAGUCUCAGAAAAUAAACACUGAGCUAACUGAGAAGAGCUGUUUUUCAGGUGCGUCGUGCUUUCUGACUGUGGGAAAUACAGAUUAUGCAGCCCAGUCCCCCUCUCAGGAAUGUGGCCUCUUGCAGCCCAUGUCAGGACUGAGAAAGGAGGACUUCACUUGUUCUAAAGACUCAGCCAAGUCAUUGUUCGGCAGUGAGGAAACAGGGCUGCUUAAGAGCAAAUUGAUGCAGACUAUUUUUACCCAAGAGACUUUUGCUGUAGAUGCAGGAUCUGCAACCAAAGUGACUGAGCCGUUAGCAAAUGCCAACAGCCCAUCAGGCAGCAACACAGGCUCUCCAAGUGCUGUACCAGAGGUGGGAAAACUGCACAAGGAGGCCCUAGAAAAGGCACAACAGGCUAUGAUUCGGGCCCAUCGGCAGCAGCUGGAUGAAAUGGCAUCCUUGUGCUUCAAGGAAGAACACUUGAUAAAUCAGAUGUCAGGAACGGAUUUUCAGAAUUUCAUCAUCAAGCUGGAUGAAAUCUUGGUACUGAAGUCAAAGUGUAUCCAAACCAUGAGAGCCCAGCUUCAGCUCUAUUUAUCUGACUCUCUCAGUCCUGACACAUCCCUGCAAAUGUCUCCACCAGUUUAGACCUUCCUUUCUUACGCAUGCGCAAGAACAGCACAAGAACAAUUCUGGAACCAGCCAGCAUUUCACUGCAGUUGGUGCUGCAGGGUGCAGGUGAACAGGGGAUAGCUUUUGGUUUGAUGUUUGUGAGUAGUGUGCAUUUUAGAUAAGGGUGGAGAGAAUUCUCAGUAAAUGAAAGGUGACCACUUGGCACCUGAACGUUUCUAUUUCUUUAACACCAGUAAGCCAUGAGUAAGCUUAAGAGUAACAUUCAGCAGCCUUUAAAUGUCUCACCAAGCAGCAGGCAGUCCUGUACACAGUAUUCAUAGCUUCUCGUGAAAGAGGCAAUUCUGCUCUGCCAGGAAAAUUAAAGAGUAAGUAAAAAAAAGAAACAACAUUUUGAAGCCAGAUACAAGUACAAAUAGAAAUGCUCAAAAGUUAUCUGAAAAUGUUUGCAAACAGAAGUGAGGGAACAGAGAGAAGGCACCGUUAGAGCACACGGAAGUAACAAGUCCAAAACUGAAUGAAAAUCAAGGCAGGACAAGAUGUACUGGUCCUUUCAGAAGAAGGAUGGCUGUUUGAGCAUUUGUUCUUUGCUUGGGACUAAUGCUCCAGAACUUUUAGAAAGUCACUUAGGUGAGAAGUAACAAGUGGUUGAGUAGAAGGCUUAUGUACAUGGGACUUUAUCCUGUAGGUUCUGGCAUGUUACUAAGCACUUGGAUUUCACACUGGUGCUAACAGUAAGGACCAAAAGCUUACUUUCUGCAUGCUGUCCGAUCUCUGCAUGGCUGGGUUGGCAGUUGAUUUUCAUAUCAGAAGAGAGUCCAGUUACAGAUGUGGGACUUAAGAGGCUAACAGUGCUAUUGUAACAUGAAGCUGAUGUUUGAGUCAAGAACUACCAAGCAGACAGUUGGAGCCCUGCAGGAUCCCUGCUGCUGUGUGUGCGCAUCAUGGCUGAAUCACACGAGCCCUCUUCUUGAAGCCACAAGUGACCUUGAAACAUGCUUAGCAUAAACAACAAUGUGCAAGUGCUCACACUCCAAGAUUUGGGCUGUCACAGCAUAAUUGGCCACCUCAGUGUUUCCUCAGUUAUGCCUGUAGUAGCUCAAAGUAUGCUUGGUAGUAUAAAUGCCAAUGGUUAGGGAGGCUGCCAUCUGACCAGCUGUAAAUGUUGCUGCCUGCUUCUGCAGCUACUCGGAUCUAGGAUUUGCAGAACAGCAGUUACAGCAAUAGCAGUUACACAGUUUAUCUGGAUUGCUUAUUUGGUGCAAGCAUUCUGAGGAACAGAAGUGCAAGGGAAGGAGUGACAAAUGUAAUUGAGGAAGAAAGUCCUACAUUAGUGCCCUGAUCUUCCAGGAUCAGGGUAUAUGCCUGAAUUAGUUUCCAUCUGGCAAGUGAGAAUGGAUUCCCCUGUGCAGCAGAGAUUGGAGCCCCUGCAGGGCCCGUGCUGAUGGCCAACAUCCAGGUCACCACUACCAGCAUGCAACACUGAAAUGAGGUCUCCCAGCCCCAUUUUAAGAAACCUGCCUUCCUCAGAGAACUGAGGCAUUAAGGAGCAGGAUCAUUCAGUCUCAGUGUCUCAGAGACAGGGCUGGCUUUCCCAUACAUAAGGUGAGGAGAACACAUGGCAGCUAGGCAGUCCUUGCUUCUUCUGGAAGUAAAAACAGAUGCAAGCAAUUACAGUAGUUCCCAACACCCUUGUCCUGCCAGCAAUGCAGUGCUACUGGGUGGAAAGAGAGGGAAAACUUUCCCUCCGUGUACUUUGACUGCUGUGACACGAGGAUCAGUCGAGUGCACUUUAACCCAGCAGGGAACUGCUUGUCAAAGACCAGCUCAGCAGAAACACGUUCAGCCUCUUACUUUUUGUCAGCAAUAACAGGGCUGCUGCCAUGCCUGAAGGGCUGCACACCAUGAGACAGCAAAGCCAGGCUUAUGGCUUGCAAAAGGAGCUACCAAAACUGUUACAGGAAAUGGUGCCGAUCCUCUCUCCACCCUUAGGGUUAUUACCUGGAUGCUGCUUUAACCCGUGUGAGUGUGCUGCCAGUGUCAGUGCUGCCCCCCCGGCUGUUUGAUGCUGCACUGACUCCUGAUAUGAAUGGUUUUCAUUGCGGCGUGAAGAAUGUGUGUGAUUUUUGUUACAGCAGGCUGUGUGGUUUUUGCUGAUUUUGAGAGCCUGGCCCCAUACAAUCAAAUAAAAUCAAAGUGGAAUCACUUUUGUUUGUAUGCAGGUGUAAGAAAGACUAUUAAUGCUCAUGGCAGAUGCUUGAUAUUUUAUUUGAAUAAUUUACAUCAUUUAAAAUAAAAUUCAGUUUACUACAGAACUGGUAAAACUUCUAAAGUAGACGUGAUCCAAAUGACUGUAAAAAUGUUUGAUUGUAAAAGAUCAUCUCAGCAGAGGCGAGCUGCUGCCCAGCUGGCAGGGAGAGCUGCCCAGACAGGUGUCACACCAAACCCACAUCAGCACCAGGAACCAACUCACCCGCUACAGCGCAAGGACAACUCGCAGGCGCAGGGUCAGCGCCAGCAGCGCCAGCAGGCAGCAGAGGGGCUCUGGCUCCAAGCACGAGCUGCAGUUUGGACUUUGCCUGCAUGCCUCUCAUUGUGACACACAGAUCAUGGUAUUCAGCAGCAGCUACCACAGAGGGCAGAACAUCCUCUGACAAAGUUACAAUGCUGAAUGCCAUUCACCAGGCGCGUGAAUCAAUCUGCUGAACUCAGAGACCCAGCCUCACAACCCAACACUUCCAGACUGAGCUUUGUUCGUAACAGUACCAGAGUAACUAAUGACACACGGUGCUCAAGACAUCCAGAUCUCAUUGCAUGAUGUCAUUUCUUUAGAGGCACCUUCCCUCUACCAGACUUGGUUAAUCCCCAGCACUCCGUGGCUUCAUCCCCUAUUGGCCACCCCAGGAGCAAACUUCCAGCCUCAGCCACCCCAUGAUGCAGAAUCCAGAAAACUCACU